AUGCAUAUUGGUGAUUUGAAACGAGCAGUAGAAGAUGUUGUACUACGACCAGAUGAUAAUCGUCUUAGUGAAAUGGAGAAACGUUCCACAAUUGCUGCACUUGAUUUAUGUCAGUUAGGACAAAUACAACAAACUCUUCCAUGUAUUUCAACAUCAAAUCAAAAUGAAAUACAACAACAACAACAACAACAACAACAACAAAUUGCUACAACUCUUACAUCAUCUUCAUAUAGCGGUGAAAUGCUUACAAGUUCAACGGAAAGUACUUGUAGUACUUCAAUAACAACUUCUAGUGGCCAUAUUUUAGGAGCUCCACCAUUAAGCAUGAGUACAUCACUUGAUACUAUGGUGCUACGACAAACCUUAUCAUUUCGACCAUCAUUAGGCGGUAGUGGCGGUGGCGGUGGCGGUAGUGGUAGUGGUAGUGGUGUAUCACGGCGUUCAAGUCGUGUCAUUCCACAUUACAGUCAUAGCAAGCGAAAACGUUCAAAUUCAGUUUCAUCAUGUAUGAAUAAAAGUUUUUUAACACAACAUGGCAUAGCAAGUACAGCAGGUAUCAGUGAGACAACAAUCGGUGGUGCAUCUGCAAUUUCAUUACCCCAAACAACUCGACACACACCAUUUCGAUUCGGUGAUUUUGAUGAAAAUUUAUCUUCUGCUACUGGUGGUGAUAAUCCUAUGAUCUCUCACACCAUCACGAGUCUUACUGAACCAAUUAGCAUUCAACAACAACAACAACAACAGCUAUUGUUAUCUGAAGAAUGGACAAGAAUAUGUAAUGAAAGAGGAAAUGAUGAUCCAAAUCGACAGCAAUCCAAUAAAUUUGAAGAUAUAAUAGCAAAUAGACAAAAGAUAAACAAUAAUUGUGCACCAAAAUUAUUUCCUGUAAGCUCAUUUACUGCAUUUCGUGAAGCACAUAAAGCUUACGAUUCGGAGGAUAAUGAAGAACAAAUGGAAUGUGAUUAA